AUGCGUCGUUUUGCAACACUGGUUCUCCGCCUGGAUCCGGACGGCCUUGAGAAACAUCAUGAGCAUUUCGGUGCCUGCAACCUUGGUGGUUUGAGUGUUGGUGAAUUGUUACAGAAAGAGCUUGAUCAUGCUUCUUCAUACAGACCGCGCCGCUUCAUUAGCCUUCUCACAUGCUUGUGCAAUACUUGUCGGAAUCGCACUCAUCUGCGUAGCAAGAUUCUCAAGCCACAUACAGAGGUUCAGAGCGGCACAGUUCCUUAUGGCAUGCCAAAGUCUCCGGCUUCUGUAACAUCUCAUCUUCUCUCGGACACCCUGGACGCGGUUGAUGUACUCUCAAUGUUCGCUCCUCUUCCGCAGCAUGGUGGAAUCCUGUACGCAUCAAUGAUCAGUGAUCCUUGCGUCUACAGCCUGUCGAGCGGCGAACCAAGAUUCCCGUACAAGCUCUACUGCGCUAGCACGACCAUCUCUCACCCGCCGCAAUUCUCAAUCACAGUCGGAAAGCCUCUGCCAACAGCAACGGCGGCAGAGUUGACCUUUGGUCAUUGUUCUGGCCAGCCGCAUCAAUCAUCAGUCUUUGCUUCAACUGCCGAGUUAAUGAUGAGCGCCGAUACACCCGCCUGCAGGAGCUUCAUCAGUUUCUGCUCGCAUCUUGCCUUCCCACAAGUGUACUCUGCUUUCGGAAGAUGGAAGUGGUUUUUACAGAUGUACUUUGUCCACUUCAUGUCUCUACACAUCAAAUGCCGUCCGAUGCUGGCUUCUCGCUGGUUAGGAUGGUAA